GCUUAUGCGGCGCUCACCUAUGACGCAAUGCUCUUGAUUGGAGUAGCCCUAUUAAACCUCAGGGAUACCAUUUCGGUUCGCCCUGGGGCACUUAGUUGUGAAGGCGACCCUCGGGCCUUUUGGCCAGAUGGAGAAAAGUUUAUACAGUAUGUCAAAUCGGAGGCCCGUGAUCAGAACCAAAAGUUAAAUGACUUGGGAGAAUUUGAUCCGAACACAUCUAAUAUUCCAACAAUUACUGGAGACAUACAUUUUGAUAGCCAGGGCUAUCGAUCAAACUUUAAUAUGAGCAUUCUCAGCCUCCAAGACAAUGGAAUGCAACAGAUUGGAUACUGGACUCAGAGAGACAGACUGCAAAUUACGCGUCCAAUAAAGAGGAAAAAGAAGGUUUCGAAAAAACCUCUCACUUCUGUUGCUCUGCGAGUUACUACUGUUGCGGACACGCCGUUUGUGAUCCCUAAGAAAUAUGACGCCUAUGGAAAUCCGUUGAAAACUCCAGAUGCAUGGGACGGCUACUGCGUGGAUCUUCUGAAUCUCAUAGCGGCCGAUGUGGGCUUUAACUAUACCAUUGAAAUCACAAAAGAUCAUUACGGUUCUCGUCAAAGGAAUAAUGAGACCGGGGAAUAUUACUACGAUGGUAUUAUUGGAGUUGUUAACAGAGGGUCUAGAAGUGGGAUGGAAAGACGACUUAAGUCCGGAGCAGGUUUCCUUAUGACCGAUUCUAUGCAGGACGAUUGGAAAAAGAGGCAACUCAUGUCAUCUUCUUUUCUUCAGGAAGCCGACAUUGCUCUAGCUGCACUGACAAUUACCUACGAAAGAGAAAUGGUUCUAGACUUCACAACACCCUUCAUGACCCUCGGAGGAAGCUUGCUAUUCAUGCGGCCAAAGUCUCAAAAACCCUCUAUCUUCUCAUUCCUUCAACCAUUAUCACCUACGGUGUGGGCCUACGUGAUAACGACCUACAUUGUGGUGUCAGUAGGUCUCUUCUUAGUUGCUCGUCUGAGUCCUUACGAAUGGCAGAACCCACAUCCUUGUGAAGCAUUUUCGGAGGAGAAGGAGAAUCAAUUCACUGUUCUCAGCAGCUUCUGGUUCUUUAUUACGCCCCUCCUUAAUCAAGGUACUGAAAUGGCUCCACAUACAAUUUCAACUCGUCUGCUCACUGGUAUUUGGUGGUUCUUCGCCCUGAUUGUCAUCUCCACCUACACAGCCAACUUAGCAGCCUUCUUGACCGUUGAUACUACUGAAUUACCCAUUGAAAGUGUGGAAGAUCUAGUGGCACAGACGAAAAUUAAAUAUGGAACGCUUCAAUCCGGUGCUAGUCAUGACUUCUUCAAGGUAAACUAA